CAGACCGACCCGCCCCCGCGAAACCGAAACACAAGAUACGGGCUUGGGUUGGAGCUGCUCCGGGGAACUCGCCAUUUCAUUUCAACAUUUAGGGAACUUUGGCACUAAGAUACAGAAUGGCGCUGGACAUCUAUGACUCUCAGUACUUGGUGAUCCUGGCCCCAUCCCUGGUCAUCGCCCUCAUCUUCCUCUUCUUCUGGCUCUUCAUGAAGGAGACCUCUUAUGAUGAGGUGCUAGCCAGGCAGAAACGAGAUCUCAAGCUUCCACCCUCCAAACCAGACACCCGCAAGAAGAAUGACAAGAAAAAGAGCAAGAAGAAGGAGAGCAGUAGCGGAGGAGGUGGCGGGGGAGGAGGAGAGUCAGAGGAAGACCUGCGGGACUUUGACAUGGCUGACGCCGUGAGCAGCUCCACCGCUGAGGAGGAGGAGCCUACCCCUAUGGCCCCGCCCACCCCGGUUCCUGUCCCUGUGGUAGCGCCAGCCGAGGCCCCUGCAGGGGUGAGGGAGAGGAAGAAGAAGGAGAAGAAAGCUGCCAAAGCUGCAGCCGCUCCCCCUGCCGAGGAACCUGAGGUGAAUGGCUCCAAGCCAGCUGGCCGCAAAGCAGAGCCCCCUGCCCCAGUGGCUAAACCCAGUCCCCCCUCACCCCAGCUUGACCACCAGUCUCAGCCCCCAUGCCAGGCCCAGACCCCACCCCAGCCCUCUGGCAAGAAGAAGAAGGAGAAGAAGCAGAAGACAGAGUCUGUGGAGGAAGAGAUUAAGAUGGAGAAGGCUCCAGCUCCAGUCAAAAAGGAGGCUCCGGUGCUGGUGGAAACCAAAGCACAGGAUGGUCCUGCCCCCCCAGACACCACCACAACCAGUGGCAAGAAAAGAAACUCUGCCAAGAAGCAGAAGACUGAGCAUGCCCCAGUGGAUGAUGUCCAGGCUGACUCUGCGACUUCUGCCAACCACAAUGAUGACGCGCCCUCCAAGGGGAGUGGCAAGAAACAGAAGAACGAGGCCAACAAAGAGAAUUCUGAGGUGAAGCUGAAGGAGCUGCUGGUGGGCCUGGGCAGUUUGGCCCUGUCACAGGCAGAGGCUGUGAGUGUGGUUACUGUGCUUAAAGAAAAGAACCCCUCUGCCCUGGACGCUUGGCAGAAGUCUGCAGUGAAGACUGACCCCUCAUCCCUGGAGAGAGAGAGGCUCCUCACCACUCUGCAGGAGGAGGCCUCCAUAGCAAAGGACAAGGUCCAGCAGCUCAGCAAGGAGCUGCAGCAGGAGAAGCAGAAGACUGUGAGAGCGGAGGCAGUUCUGAGGGACCAGCGUGGGGCAAUGGAGAAGGAGCUGAAUGUCGUGCAGGCUAAAGCCCAGGGAGAGCUUCAGGGCAUGCAGAUGAAGUUCCAGAAGCUGAGGGAACAGCUGGAGGGUCAGAUCGCCAGGCUGCAGCAGGAGAACGGCAUCCUGAGAGACGCAGUCAGCUCUGCUACCAACCAGAUGGAGAGCAAGCAGUCGUCGGAGCUGAACCAGCUGCGCUCGGAGUACUCUGGUCUGAUGAAAGAGCUGACGGAGAACAACAACAAGCUGCAGCAGGAGGAGCACCAGAGGAAGUCGCUGGAGGUCAACUACAAGCAGAACGUGUCUCAGCUGGAGGCUCAACUGCAGGAUGCUAAGCGUGGUUGGGAGGAGCUCCAGAACUACCUCCACAAUGUCAACGCAGAGAGGGAGAAACUUCAUGCUGCUAAAGAAGAGCUGCAGAACCAGCUGCUGGCGGUGGAGACAGAGAUGAGCAACAAGAACAAGGAGAUCCAGACGCUGCACAGCAGCCUGACCGACACCAUUGUGUCCAAGGACCAGGUGGAGCAGAAGGUGAUGCACCUGCUGGAGGUGUCCCAGCACAACCUGGCUGAAGACUCAGUGCAGGUCAAGGAUCUCCUGAAGGAAAAAAGUGGCCUCAAUGCCCAGAUUGAGACUCUGCAGGCCCAGUUGAGCUCCCAGGCCACUACUGUCUCCCACUUUGAAGAGCUGCAGAAGCUGCUGGCUGAGAAGGAGCUGCAGAGGAAGAGUCUGGAGGACUCCCUGAAUACUGAGAGGAGCAGUGGCGCUAACAGGGAAACUAACAUGCAGGCCAUGCACAAUGAGAACAUGUCACUGAAGGCAGCGCUCCAGAAUCUGCAGGCUCAGAUUUCUGAACAGACUGUUUCCCAGCUGGCCUUGGACCAGUUCCAGAAGAGUGUCCAAGAGAGGGAGGAGAAAAUCAAGACUGUGGAGGACCUGCUGAAGAUGGGAAUGAUUGAGGUGGCCAAUAAGGAGGAGGAAUUGACGACUGUAAGAGAAGAGAAUAAGGCUCUGAAAUGUGAUAUGGAGGCAUUCAUUCUUCAGACUACUGAACAGACAUCAUCCGAUUUGAUAAUGGAAGGUCUACAGAGCAAGAUUCAAGAGAAAGAUGAGCAGAUUAAGUCAAUGGAGGAGAGCCUACAGGCAGCACAGGCGAGUGGCUCCAGCAAUGGGAUGACCAUUGAGUCUCUGGAGCAGCAGGUGGCAGGGCUGCAGUCUGACAUGGAGCAGCUGAGACAGAAGCAGGCUGUGGACACCACCAGUGCCAGCGACCAGCUCCUAGAACUACAGACACAGCUUGCUGCUAAGGACCAGGAGAUCCAGACACUACAGAGUGAGUUGGAGUCCAGGGCCAAGGAGGUGAGCGACAAGGUGCAGGAACUACAGCAGAAACAGCAGACCCACACAGAGGCCCCAAGCCCGGAACUGCUGACAGCGUUGGCAGAGAAGGAGAAGCAGGUGUCUGAUCUCCAGGGAGAGCUGGCUAAGCUGAGGGAGUCCUUGGAGCUUCACAGGAACAAGAACAAUGAGCUUCGGGUGAAAAACUGGAGCGCUAUGGAGGCUCUGGCAGCCACCGAGUCCAUGCUUCAGGGGAAACUCAGCAAGGCCCUCAAGGAGAACCAGACAGCCCUGGAGAUAGCCCAGGCAGAAUGUCGAGGUGUUCUGCACAGACUGCUACCGAACGUGCCUCUGCCCACUGAACGGAACCACCAGGAGUGGCUGCAGAGGUUUGAGACUGCAGUGAAAGAGGCCCCGGCAGCAGAGCCCAACCCUGCCCCUGAAGCAGCACCUGAACCUGCUCCAGAGGGCUCAGAGGACACCAAGGUAUUGGCUGAUAAGCUGAAGGAAUCUGAAGAGGCCCAGAAGGUUCUACAGAAAGAUUGUGAGACGUACAAGAAAGUGUUGGCUGAGACGGAGGGCAUCCUUCAACGUCUCCAGAGCAGUGUGGAGAAGGAGGAGUCUCGAUGGAAGGUGAAGCUGGAUCUGUCACAGACAGAGCUGAAAGAGAUGAGCGUGAAAGUUGCAGCACUGGAGCAGGAUGUAGACAGACUGAGUGACGUCGGGGAGUUGGACAACUUGAUAAGAGACAAGCAGCACCUUGAGUCUGCGCUGGAGAGAGCAGAGCGUGAGAGCGCCACCUAUGUGACAGAGGUCAGAGAGCUCAAAGAUCUGUUGACUGAACUGCAGAGCAAACUUGAUGGCUCUUAUACAGAAGCAGUCAGGCAGAAUGAGAUGCUGAAUUUGCUGAAGACCCAGCUGACUGAGACUCUGUCAAAACUGGAGACCGAGGAGAGUGAGAGGCAAAAGGUGGCUGGAGAUCUCUAUAAGGCCCAGCAGUCUCUGGACCUGAUCCAGGAGGAGAUCUUCAAAGAGACAGGCCAGGGUGACCUGAUAGAGAACAGCAACCUCUCAUCACACGAGGAGAUUGACAGGAAGGAGAAGAAGACUGCAGGGCUGAACCAAACUGUGAGGGAACUGCAGCAGCUGCUACAGGCCGUCAACCGGCAACUCACCAAGAGACAGGAGGCGGAAUCGGACAAAGACUCGCCUGAAGUAUAGGGAGGGGAGGAUGGACACUCCCAAUCUUACUACAAAGACCACCCCCAACCUCCCCACCACCUCUCCUAUCAUGGCUCUCCUGUCACACUCCUCUCUUUCCCCUCACCUGUACUGUAGGCAGCCUCUUGCUGAUCCUCUGUCACUGCCUGCCGCUGACCUGUAACCUCUGACCUCCAGCUGCUCCUCCUCAGCAGGGUCAGGGAGAGACUUCGCUGGGCCCCAAAGGAGAGGGGCUCCCUCACGCUACACACACACACACUCCGGACACCAAACCAGACCUUACUACUCCAAAGUCCCACCACAUUCCUCAUGAUCCCUACAGUAGCACAGCCAGCGCUAAAGACAUCCUACACGUGUCAGACUGUGGCAUCUCCCCCCGUUUACCCCCUUUUUUCAAUGGAAAUCUUUGAAUACAGAUGUAGUUUUUUUCUCUGUUAGUUUUCUUUGUCCAGAGGGUGAUGAAGUGGAUUCCUACUUCACUAAAUUCACUUUGGGUUCUCUUUCCUUUUUUUAAGUUAAAAAGGAAAAAUGUAUUGUUAAAAAAGUAACUGUUAGGACCUGCUGACAUUACACUACAAUUGUUGAUCUCCUUUGCUGACAGCUCACAAACUGUAAAUGUGCAUUGAUUCAUGAAUACAUAGGUACUGUAUAUGCAUACUUUGGCUGAGGUAUUUUGGAGGGGGCAAGGGCAUAAGGGAGGGUCCCAGCAUGUCAGACGGGUAACUAAGUAACUAACCAUGGAGGAAGUCUAAGUGCAGAGCCAGUAGGAGGGAGGCUGUGACCAUCCUCGCUGUGGGAGCAGUUGGACAGGUCUACAGAAUAGAGGUUUUAAUCCUACUGUAACUACUUUAGGAAGAGGUGUCCCAUAUCAUCUGUAAUCAACACUUGCUAUAUUGUUGCUAAUUUCAUUAACAUGGAAUAAUUUUUUUGUUUUGUAACAGGUGACAGUUAAUUAAAGGGAUGCUUGAUAAAUCUG